UUAUUAUGGUGUGUUUGUGUGAGUGAUAAUACAGAUUGGCAACCACUGUUUCAAAAUUCAAUUAUUAUUGCUGGGCCUCGGGAUUGGAUUGAAAUUGGAUAUUGUUUACUCUUCUUGCACUCUCCAGUCAAAAAGCUUCCACAAAAGAAACAACAAGAUUCAACCUCCCUCACCGGUUACUAUGCUGCCCAGCUCACCUCUUCUCGUCUUCUUCUGCUUCUUCAUCAUCUUCUCCGCCACUUCCACCACCGCUACUGACCACAUUGUUGGUGCUAACAAAGGCUGGAAUCCUGGCAUCAACUACACUCUCUGGGCCAAUAACCACACCUUCUAUGUUGGCGACCUUAUCUCAUUUAGGUACCAGAAGACCCAGUACAAUGUGUUUGAAGUGAACCAGACAGGCUAUGACAACUGCACCACAGAGGGAGCGCUAGGCAACUGGACCAGUGGUAAAGAUUUCAUCCCUCUUAACAAGGCCAAGAGGUACUACUUCAUCUGUGGAAAUGGACAGUGCUUCAAUGGCAUGAAGGUUUCUGUUGUUGUUCAUCCUUUGCCUCCUGCACCAUCAGGUAGCGUUUCUUCUUCUAACCAUACUUCACCGGCUUCUGCUGCUCCUGUGGUUCUGCAGAAGGGUUUGGUAAGUUUUAGAGCUUUGGUUGUGGCAUUUGCUUCCAUUUGGUUUGGAUCUGGUUGGAUCUAGGACUAGUUGAGUAGUAGUUGAAUCUGGCUGUUGAAGCCUUGUGAGUGUUUAUUGGUUAUUACUCUCAGUUCAAAUGUAUCAUUUCUGGUCUUUCUUUUCUUUUCUUCGUGUUCUUUGGAUUAUAAUUCUUCUCUUCAUUUAUCCAUUUUUGUAUUAGACAGUCAUUUGAAGGUGUUUCUUUGAUUUGGCUAAUCAGAACUCUGCUGCUAAUGUUAGUACUAUGUAUGGAUGACAAUUUUCUUUGA